GUGAAAAUGACUGUUAACCCAAUUGGAGAGACUCAUAUUUACAAUUGCUUCGGCAUUACAGUAUAUCAACGGGCAUCGGUACUCGUGUUUUGUGCGUGAAAUUUCGCGGCAUCACUCGUGAGUUGUUCCGAAUCCGAUAUGCGAUGAAGAUCAUUUAUGCAAUUGGAAUACUGGUUCUUGCCGAAUGCGGCAGAAGCAAAAAAAUUGAAGAUGAGCCAUAUCACGUUUCCGAUGAUAUGGAACAAGAUUACCGAAUAAGCCAUUUGAAGACUGCAGUCAAACGGUGUCCCGGUAUGUUCUGUGGUCGAAUGAAGAAAUUGACAGAAGAUGGGGAGUUCCUGGGUUGGAGCGAAUGUGGCGCUUGUGCUCGAGGGUUUCGCGCGAAUUUUUCGAUUUGCGAAGAGUGUAAAGGAGAGCCAAGCUUUUACGACUGGACAUAUCUUCUCUUCAACGUUAUACUUGCGCUUAUCGGACACGGCAUUACGAUUGACAUCUGCAUGGAAUCUUUAGUAUCAAGGUCAUUCUUCGACAAUGCGUUCAUAUUGCACGUUACAUCAUUUUUCGAAGUCUGUAUUGCGGCUGCUCUGACGCUCAUACUGCACGAACCCAUUGGAUCUCUUACGCUAAGGUCUUGCGGUGUCAAAGGUCUACCGGAUUGGUAUACCGUGUUCUUCAAUCCGCGAAUCAAUUUUGAGAAGACGAUUUAUUGCACACAGGAAGCGGUGUAUCCAUUGUACACAAUGGUGAUACUUUUCUAUGGAUUAUCAUUAGUGAUGAUGUUGACGAUACGGCCCAUCAUUUUGACUUUGAAGAAAGUACCAGUUCAUCAAGGACGAAACUCUGUGUACAUUGCGAUGUACUUCCUUCCUGUCCUCGCUUUUUGUCAUGCUGCGAUCGGCGGUCUGCUUUAUUUCUCUUUUCCGUACAUCCUCAUACUUAUCGCGCUAACUGCGAAUGCCAUUCAUUUUGGAGGCAAAGCGGAUCAAAGUUUUAGAGACCAUCGAGAGAGCGCCUUCGGAGAAACUUCGUGGUUUCAUCAGCAUCGAGACAUCCGAGGCGUGGACGUCGAAGUGGCAGCCCAGUCGGAAAUAUUUAUAGCGCAAGUGUUUCGAGUGACGGCAUUACAGCACUGCGACGAGGCUACGACGGUGUUACCGCGCGACGCUCUCUCGAAAUGCAAUUAUUUUAGGAAAUACCCUUUGUGCACUGGAUGAUGAGAUUUUCCAUCAUUUCGGAUGCAUUGCGAGUCGAAAACUUGGCAACAUUAGCUAGUUGAACGAAUUGAUCGUGAAAUUCGCAUAAGCUAAAUUAUGAGGUGCGAUUGAGUUAUUUUUCUACAUUUUUACGGGUUGUUCCUGAUGUGAUGUUCGGAUUGUGUUUACCUUUGGGGCGUCUGUGAUGAAGAUAAUAUUUGAUUACAUUCUUUUCGCAUUUUUCCCGAUCGGAUUGGUGUCAUCUUUUGAAUAAAAUGCUCAUUUUUCACAGGAGAAACUUCGGGUAUAUGUGA